AUGAGCACUGAAGAUGGUCACAAAGGCAUCCCAAAUAUCGAGAUCGAGGGUUUCGCUCUCCUUGACUCCACCGAAGAUUUCAUCACCGAUCAGAAAGUCGUCGUUCUCAAACCAGACAGACCCUUUACCUCCGAAACCCCUUCUCCUGGAUCUCCGGUUAAAUCUCCGACGAGGAUUUUGGUUAAACCUAAUCAGUCGAAGCUAUCUCAGGUUAGGAAAUUAGAUACCCAGAUGGGAUUGAANCUUGAGACAAAGGUGAAAGAGAUCUUCCAUGUAUUGUGUUAUUGUUGCGAAUCAGAUUCUGUGUGUUUCUCUUGCUUUUAA